GCCUGGGCGGGCGGCUGGGGGAGCCGGGCCCGCCUUGGCCUCGCUCCUGGCUGCUCUGCUCUUCCCCGUGAACUUCUCCACGCCAGGAGAGGCUUUGUUUGGGCUUUUCUUUUCUUCUGUUUAAACUUCGCUGUGUUCGGAUGUUUCCUGUAGUAACCUGCUCUUUAUUUCAUCCAUUUAUCUUAAGUCCGGCGUGAAGGAGUAGAAUCUGAAGAGGGUGUUUUGGUUUUUUUUGUAAACUGUUCGGGAGCAGCUAAGCUUUUCGCAUUCACCUAGCUUAGGUGUUCACAUAGUGUAGCCUGAAAAUAAACCCAAGUUAUUUCAGCCGUGCAGCUGGUUCUGGUCAUUGUGCAAAGCUCAUAGACCGCCUCUGCGGAUGCGAUUAAAUGCUGGCUUCUGCUCGUUUAACCGGGCUGAAAACGAGAACUCUGAAUCAGGAUGUCACUCCAUGAGGAAGAUAAAUACCAAGUGCACGUAGCCAGCGUGUCCAGGGCAUUGCUUCGGGCAGCAUGGCUCUGUAUCAUUGGAAGGGUAUAUACAAGAUAGCUUAAUUUAGUACACAAAUACUGGUUUCUAUGCAUAUCAAUUUUAAGACUGCUCAGUAAAUAAUACCCAGGCUUUUUUUUUUUUUCCUAAAGCUUUCUGUUAAGCUGAAUGCUAAACAUUCAGUGAAGUUUGUGUUGCCUCCUCAGUACAGAAAUAGAUUGUGUCACAAAAGCAUAUACGAAAAGGUGGUCCUUGUCCGGCAAGCGAACAGGGUUUAAAUAUCAGGCAGGAGCCAACAAAGGUGGUGAAUGCUAGGGGAAAAAGUUCAUUAUUUCAUCAGCAGUGAUAGCAAGAAGUUCAGCAGCUGCUUUCUGGCUCUGGCUGUUAGGCACUGUCAGGUUUUAGUUCUGUAGGUCUCCUGGAAAAGAGGAGCUGAGGUGAGUGUGGAGCUCGGGCGUUGGGAAAGCGUUAGAAGAAAGGGUGAAGGCUCUGCUUUACAAGGCUGAGCUAGCAGAAGGCAGAGGAUGACAGGACUGGUAAAAUGGAGCUUCCAUGACCUUUCUGAAGCUGUGCCCUGUGCCUUACUGGAAUUUACCAUUUAAUUUCUACAAACCAGUUUUGGAGGACUAGAAAAGAGGAAUUCAGGUUCCCACAGCCUUUGAUUUGGUAUCUUGCAAAUCACUGCUUCACAGAAAACUUGAUUGCCCACAUCUAGAGCCCUAGAGCCUUUUCUGGAGCUGAUCUGUACUUUAGUUGAGGGUGAUGGAGAAAUGCUGGAUUCUCUUAUAGGCAGACACGAUGCUGCAAUGCCCCAGGCAGAGUUAAGGGUUGGUUGUGGUUUUUCUGAAGGAGAUAUGCCUCAUUUAUUGCCUUUAAUUGUGCAGUGUGUGUGUUUGCUUUUUUAAUACAGAUAUGUUGCAUUACCUUCCCAGCUGUGCGCUGAACCUGCAUGCUGUGAGCCUGUUGUUUGUAUUUCUUAUGGCAGACUUGGUCUCUUUUGAGGAGGGUUGUAGCCUGUCCUGCUACAGGUUUAAAAGUGUAUGCAGAAAACUUUUGUGGAAACAAAUAACUAGAAAUCUUCACGAAGGAAUAUAUUUGCAGGGAGGGUGGAGAGGAACCUCCCUUAGGAUACACUACAGUCUGGUGACCAGGGAACUCCUGCAACGUGGGACAUAGGAGCUUGGACCUUACUAGACAAAGGACACAUUGAACUGCAAUAAUGAAUCAAACAGACAAAAAUCAACAGGAAGUCCCAUCAUACCUUCAUGAUGAACCACCAGAAGGUUCAUUAAAAGACCACCCGCAGCAGCAGCCUGGCAUGCUUUCUCGUGUGACUGGUGGCCUCUUCAGUGUCACAAAGGGAGCUGUUGGUGCCACGAUUGGGGGUGUUGCUUGGAUUGGAGGGAAGAGCUUGGAAAUUACAAAAACAGCGGUCACAUCUGUGCCUUCAGUGGGAGUGGGGCUAGUCAAAGGAAGUGUUUCUGCUGUAGCUGGAGGUGUUACAGCUGUAGGAUCUGCUGUUGCAAGUAAAGUGCCUUUAACAGGAAAGAAAAAGGAUAAGUCUGACUAAAACCAAAACUGAGACAUACUCGAUUCUCCAGAAUAUUACAUCAGUGGCAUUAAAAUCUGCUAAGAUUUGGACCAUGAGAAGCCAUGUGUCUUAGACACUUUAUCUUCUAAAGAGCUGUGCAGGUAACUCGAUUUCAUCUGAAAAGGACAGAAGAAGCUUGUCUAGCACAGCGUAUGAAGAUUAUUAGAGCCUAGAUUGAAGCUUUGUAUCUGGUGAAAUGUUACACUUGAUAACUAUAGAAGUGAGUACCAGUAUCUGAAGGGAUAAUAUGUAUUUGAAUAUUCAUUUACUGUAAGUCUUUGCGGUUUUGGACUAAAAUGUGAACAUAGUAACUUGGUAGUCUCUGCCAUACCAUCAAUUUGAUGAGAUGCCAUUUACUGUUCUUAGUGGUUUCCAGAUCCUUCUGCCUAAGGAUCCUUCAGCUGUGCAACAACAUUGUUGGAUGUACCUGAAUAGUUUCGGUCAUGAAACUUUAUCUGCAGGCUGGUGGUAAACUGUCAGUGACUGUAUUCUGCCAGUGAGGACUGGAGCAAAUAGGACCGGAGGUGCACAGAAAUUGGAAAUGAGAGCAGGAGAUAGAAGUGAGAAAGUUUGACAGCAUGGUAGAAGGGAUCGUAAAGAGUAAACUAACUUAAUGCCUUAUUAGAAAAAAAGUAUCUUUUUACUGGGUGAAGCUGUGUAAAGAAUUGUUCUGUCAUUUCAGUGCAGUUCACAGAAUGACCUUUAGACUCUUUAAGAAUCCCAAUAUCUGAAACCUUGUAAAUUUUUACUGAAAAUGAGAUUGUUCCAUCUCAGGUGUAUUUAAUGAUAUGCGUCUAUCUCCUGCAAGUGAAAACUUGCUUCUAAUAAACUUCUUCUAGACAUUAGAAAAAAUGAUGGCUUAGUGGAAACUGGGCUGAUGUUUGUGGUCAUCUAGCACAACUGUCUGACUUGAAUGAAAUUCCUUUGUGUAGUUGGAAACCACUGAAGAACUAGAAAAGCUGCUGUCUCAACUCCAUCAUGCGCCAGGUUAGCUUGGAAAAAUGCAAGGAAUUUUUCACUACAUCUUUCUCUAAUACUUUGCAUUUUGAUUUUUGAGUAAAAUGCAAUACUUUUAUUUAAAACAAACCAAAAAAUGUAGAUGAGGCCUUAAAAAAGAAAGAAACAUCUUCCAAGUAAAUUGUAUACUGACAGAUUCCAAACAUUGACACACCUCAAACGGGAACAUCUGUAGGUCCUCUGCAGUGUGAGGCAAAAUGCACUUGUAAUGACACAGCUUGAGGUUGCCUUAAAAAAUAGCUGUUAGUGAUUUUUUUUGUGUGUGUGUGUACUGACUUUGCAAAUAAGUAACCUCUUUGGAAGCCCACAGAAGAAGGCCAUGAUGUUGUGUAUACAGUAUUUUCUAAAAACUUUUGUUCCAACAUAUAACUUCUAAGCAUGUAAACUUACAUUUUCAGUGGCUAUGGUUGUACACAAAGGAUAUAUAGGGAGACUUUAGAAAUUUUAAAAAAUCAGAACAUAUCACUUGUCUAAAACUUCUACAUUCAUGGGUGUUGAAAGUACAUUAUGUGUAAAUUAUGGUAGUCACCUAGUCUCUCUGAGCCAUUGGUACUUCAGCUGCACUCUGGAACAACUUUAUUUGAUAUCAGUAGCUGUAUAUGUUGGUAGCAUGGUAUUUGUAAGCGUGGGGAAUUGGGGCAGCGGGGAGAGCAAAAACCCAACAAUUGGCAUUAUCUGCUCCUUUUGUUAGAUACACCAGCUGCUUAGCUCCAAUAUGCUGCAAGGGUGUGAUGAGGUAAGUUUAUGCAACAAAUGGAAACCUUUAAUUGUUUUUAUAGUCAGAAACUAAUUGCAUAGAACAUAGUGUAGUUUAAGGAUACUGGUUAGCUCUAGAAAUGAGCUUGCUUGGAUAUUGGAGGCAGUCUAGCUGCAGCAAAUGAUUUAGUGUGGUCUGUUCCCCUGCAGUUUCCAAUGGAGGCAUAUACCCAGAGCGCUACUGCUGAACUCUUUGAGUCAUCUGUUUGGAGCAUAGUGGUAUUUGUGACACUCCGUCAAACCCUUCCGAAUUGUUGAACUGCUCAUACCCCUUUUUUUAUGACAUUCUCUCAUUUUUAUACUAUGAAACUUGCUGCAAAACAAGUGUGGUCUGAGAUAAACAAUGUUAGAUCUGUAAAGAGCUGCCAACACUUCAUUAUGUUUUGUUCUUAACAUAUCCUGUAGUUAUUACUUCUGAACCUUGUAACUAAAACUUUAACAUGGCAUAUGGUUUUAGUUUUUGAGAAGAGCUUUGUCCUAUAUCCUGCAUAUUUUCCAUUCCCUUAUGAAACUCGCUUCGUCUUAAAAACUUGUUCUGAUUCUGUCCUGACACUUGUGAAACAUUAAACUGUUGCUGUUUCAGACA